CAUAUUUUGCAUGUGAAAAAUAUGACAUAUAUCAUUCCCACAACCACUUUUAUUAUUAUUAUUAUUAUUAUAUUAUUAUUAUUUCCUACUUUAUUUUAUUUUUAUUUAUUAAUGAGCACGAACAAGAAGGCAACUACAAACACAUUGGACAUGUCAGAUGCCUCGAUAAUACCAGGAGGACAAUCAAGUAUUUUUGAUUUAAAUUCAAAGGAAGAAGAUUCAGAUUCCUUGGAUGAAUCACUCCCAAUACCAUCACAAGAAGUUAAGAAAUCAUGGACAUCACCACCACCACAACAACAACAACAACAGCAACUACCUUUCCCUAUUCUUCCAGAACUUGACAUUAGACCACCAUCUAAUUGGGCCUUAAUAAAGGGUCAUACACGAUACUUUUUAAUAGCGACAUUAAAAUUCAUAUUCAGAGAUAAUAACCUGCCCUUGUUGAUUAAUAUUGUUUAUCAUAUUGUAGCUGCUAGAGCUCUACUAGCAAGACCAUGGAAGACAGUAGUGCGUUACUUGACUAUCCCACCUACACCUAAUCACUCUAAUGUAUUAAAACAUCAAAUCAAUCAAACAACGUCCAUUGCCAUAGAUGCAUUUAGAACACAAGGCGUCUUUCAUCUUGCUUUAGGAGUCCUGGGUAUGUUAGCAUUAAAGGAUAGACGUCAGUCCUCUGAAAGAUCGGCUUUAUUCGUCUUAACAUUGUCAGCCAUUGGACAAAGCUGGACACAUUUACAGGCCUACUGGAAAUCCAAUCAACAAGUAUAUACAUUAAAGGCCCUUCAAGAAGUAGGUAGUUCCGAUAUUUUUAUUGCAUUCAUAAGUUCAGUUGCUUUAUUUAAAACAAUCAGAAGGACAGGUCGAUUGAUUUAAAAUGAUUUAUAGUAUAAAACAUCCUAUUUUUAUGUAUGUGUAAAAAGAGAGAAUUUAUAAUUUAUUUAAAAAUAAAAGGAUAUAU